CGAAGGCAAAUGUAGGUGACCGGAUGCCGGACCGAAGGAGAUAAGAUGCGGGGAGCCGAGAUCUGUCCGAUUUUCGUGGCGAUCGACAAAUUGGAUGAUCGAGUCAACUCAAGUCCCAUCGUUGCACCCGUCCUUCUCCCUCACCGCCAGCUCACGAGGACAGUAUUUCUCCUAGUACCCAACUAGUAUCCGUCUACAACUUCCAGCAAGCAGAACGAUGAGCGGGACCACUGAAUCCUGGUCACCGAAUUCCUGGAGGAACAAGCCAGCAGCACAGGAUGUAGUCUAUCCGGACAGAGAGAAGCUCGACAAAGUGCUCAAUAAGAUCCGGACGCUGCCUCCGUUAGUCACUCCCUCCGAGAUCGAGAGGCUUCGCCAACAACUGAGCCAGGUCCAACGCAACGAAGCCUUCCUCCUGCAUGCUGGAGACUGCGCGGAGAGCUUCGACGCCUGCACGCAUGAAAACAUCUCUGCGAAGAUCGGCCUCAUCCUGUCGUUCUCCCUCAUCCUCAUCUGGGGAUCCCGCAAGCCCGUCGUACGAAUAGGGCGUAUCGCCGGCCAGUACGCAAAGCCGAGGAGUAGCGCCACGGAGAAGAUCGGAGACCGCGAGGUGUUCAGUUUCCGAGGAGAUAACGUGAAUGGACUGGACCCAAAUGACCGAACACCAGACCCCGAGCGCCUUCUGAGCGCGUACUUCCACUCAACCGCGACGCUCAACUACGUCCGCGGGCUGCUCACGUCCGGCUUUGCAUCUCUUCACCAUCCAAGGGACUGGUCACUCUCGCACGUCCGCUCCCCCGCACUCCGGGAGGAAUUCGAGCGCAUCACCGAGGGCCUCUCCGAUGCGCUCGACUUCACGCGCACGAUCGGGCUCGGCGCAGAUGGCGGCGAGCGCGCCUCGUACGAGCAGGGCGGUGGGCGGGGCGUCCUCGGCGAGGUCGACUUCUACACGAGCCACGAGGGCCUCAUGCUCGACUUCGAGGAGGCGAUGACGCAACAUAGGACGAGGCAGCUGACGGGCGCGCAUGUGGAGUACUUCCGUGGCGUGAGGAACCCGAUUGGGGUCAAGGUCGGGCCUACGAUGCAGGCUGAAGAAGUCGUUCAACUGCUAGACAUCGUGAACCCAGACCGCGAGCCAGGAAAAGUCACCCUCAUCACGCGCUACGGCGCCGGGAAGGUCGAGCAACACCUCGCAUCGCACAUCACCGCCGUCCAGGCGUCAGGGCACCCCGUCGCCUGGAUCUGCGACCCGAUGCACGGCAAUACGCUCACGUCCUCGACGGGGCUCAAGACGCGGCACUUCGGGACGAUCAUCUCCGAGCUGACCGCGUGCCUCCGGAUCCACGCCGAGUGCGGCUCGACGCUCAACGGCGUCAGCCUCGAGUUCACGGGCGAGCUGAGCGAGGACGGAUUCAGCGUGACCGAGUGCCUGGGCGGUAGUAUGGAGCUGGCGGAGGAAGAGCUGGGGCUGAGGUACCAGUCGUUCUGCGAUCCGAGGUUGAACUUCGAGCAGUCGCUGGACGUCGCGUUCUUGCUCUCGAAUCACUUCAAGAAAGCACGCGGACGCGCGGCCGGAAAACGCGCAGAAGGCGACGUACUCUACUCCGAGCUUGGCGGCAGGAAGGCAGCAUAGGUGUGCCGAGGUCAACCUCGCCGUUCGCUCAAUCGCUGUCAGAAACAAACGGACUUGUAAUGUGGUUUUGGAAACGAAGUGUACUCACCACAAAAUCUCGCUACAUAGGCGCU